UGAUAUUCACAUCACAGAUUCAACCCAUGCUCAUAAAAACGGGUUAUACUCAAAGUCAUUCUAGCUUAUAUCCCAAAAAGUACUUCUUUUGAAAUUAGGCUUAAUAGUGAUAAUUUGAAUGCCUGAUUAUUAAUGCUAAUUGUCUCGUUUUUCAAUUUUACGCAUUCCUUGGUGGUUUUGCAUAAUAAAGGCAUUAGAAAGAGGAUAAUUCUUUUGGGACCAUUGCAUAUCAUCAUACCAUUAUGCCAUUGCACAAGCUUUGGACUUGCUUAUUAAUCACGUUGUAAAUUUCAGUUUGUUUUUUAUUUUCUUUUUAAAAGUUGAAGCUACGAAAAUUGUAAUAAUUGAAAUAUUUAAUUAAUCCAAGUCUCCGGGGCAUUAUUAACGCAUCAUAACUAUGUCAUCAUUAUUCAAAAACACCAUGAAUACAAGUUCUACUUUUCUCAAAAAACCUUUACUUAUAUUCAAGUGUCGAACACGUUGAAAUUUGGAGAUUGUGGAAUAGGUAUAAAACAGUUUACAAUAUAGUCAAUAAGACAAUAUAAAUCGUGGGAAACUGGCCGGGGUGUAGAUCAUGAAUUAUGAUAAAAUUAUGUUGCUAAGCGAUGUGUUCUCUAAACAUGUACCGACUUGAAAUCAAACCGAAAUAAAAUAAUUAUGUGUACACAUUAAUAACGAAUAAAUGACAAGUACCAACACGUUAAAUCACUCACUUGUGUUAGUAUUGACUUGUUGCUCCACAGGGUGCUGCUAUAUAUAUAGAGGUAACGCCAUCUAACUUUGGGACAGUUGCUUUGAGUGCAGCCGCUAUACGUUUGGCUAUAAAUUAUGAAGUUCGGUAUUAUUGCACUAACUGGGCUUUUGCUCACAGUCAGUUUUAUUAAUGGGGACAUUUACCUACACAAUUUGAGAGGAUCCAACAAUCGGUUAAAUGAAGCUGGAACUGCUCGAUCAAACAACAAUAGAAUGUUCGAUUCUCAGAAUAACAAUAAUGGAGGUUACAACGUUGGUGACAAAAAUCAAGCAUCGAGCACCGAGGACACACAGUUUAACAUGCAUUACUUCCAGAGUGGAAAGCAUCAUGCAAGUUCUUCAGGGCUGACAGGAAAAUCUUUGCUCACAAUUGAAUGGACAAACCAACACGGCUGCGGUGAUCGGGAUCUCUAUUGUAAUUUUGUUCUUCAAUAUCGAUGUCAAGAUGAUACCAAACAUCAAACGUUGAAUCACCACUCGAUAAGGAAUGGACGUUAUACACACACCCCACAAUACAACAAAAAUGUUUUUACCCGACGCCAUUCUAAGAAUUCAAGAUUACAUCAUGACUCAGUUAGCUACACCCGAGGUCUUCAUGAAUCUUGGGAAUGGUAUGAUAAAUGCGUCAAACGACAUCGCAAUCAUGGGUUGUUCACCGCUGAUCAAAAGAUUAAAGGUCAAACAAGUAUCUAUACUCGUCAAAAUCCAAAUGGUGGUCGUAGCGGUUAUGAAUGUCCCGAAGAAAGAGAUUAUUAUCCUUACUGGCAUCCUACUGACUGGGUUGAUAUUGCAGUAUUCGCUCAUAAUGAAACACUCUGUAACUACUAUCGAAAGGAAAGUUUUAACGUCAAAACUAAGGGUGAAUGUCUUCAGUACUAUCAAACGAAAUCAGAUGGAUUUCGUCAUGAUUCAGUACAUAACAACAAGAUCGAUUGCCAAAAAAAUGGUGGCUUUUGGGUUCCAUUCAGCAACUACUUAGAAGAAUAUCCAAAGUACCAAACAGAACGAGAAUGUAAAUCUGCUAGUUCUAGCAAACUUCGCCUAAUCUGGGCCAUUCCGUACCGAUCAGAAAACAUUGACAAUCUGAAAAUGACAGACGACAAUGUAAAUUCGCUGAAACGCUGUUUGGUCGCGCUUGAUCCACCAGAAUGCAAGAAAACUCCGUAUACAAGAUCAAAUCAUUUAGGAAAUGCCCACAAUGUUGUUCCUCUUAAUUAUACAUGGGUGCUUCCACAUUUCCCGUCUGGGCAUGCACAAAGAUGUGUCUUCAGAUUAAGAUACAACAUUUCCACUGGUGAUUAUCCACCAUUUAACACAUUCAGUGAUGAAAAUAAUGACCCGAACAACGGCGUAUACUCCCCAGUUCAAAACAAUCCGAAAGUAAAAGUUGGGCAUGUUCAGCUGCCGCUACAACUUGCAAUCAACACAGCUCAGUUUGGACGCACUUUUCAAGAUCGUUCUCACUUGUUCAAACUCGUACCCAGACCUAAAGGAGUCUCGGACCACGACGUGAUAUAUAACUUAAACGUGCGAGGAAAACGCGGGAAUAUCGUACAGGUUUAUCCUGCAGUUGAGUACGACUUCAUUCCAAAACGAUUGCAUAUUGCAAGUACGACCCUGGUACAUAUCCAGUGGACCGGCUCAAAUACCAACCCUCGAGGAAACGCUGGGCAAGGCACUGCAGGUACUGAUCGAAACAACAUGGUUGAAAUGCACAACCCUUCCGUAAAUUACCCGAUAACAUCAGAAAAAACACUAACCAUGUUCCCUGAUGCUGAAAUCGUCUGGUCAAGUGAUAAAGAGACAAAAACCAAAGAAGAUCUUAUUCUGAGUAUGGCGUCAUCAGGGUACUACAACAGCAUGACACUCUGCAAGGCUUCGCCACAGAAACAAGCAUUUAACGACUUAUUAAACAACGCCCCUGCCUCGUAUCGCGGCAUGCUACUGAGGUUUAGACCUGGUACAUAUUACUACAUGUGUACAAGGAAUAACAACUUCAGCAACCGAAAUCAAAAAGGAAGACUUGUGGUCCGAGGUGCACGCCCGGUUCUCGAUAAGUGAAAAUUUACUUCACGUAACAGGCUUAAGGCUUAAAUCCAAUCUGAUCAUUGAUUGUAAAAUGAUUUUUUAGAUAAGUUAUCUGACCAUAUCGGUUACCAACUGUAAGCAAAUAUAAAACUUGGGAGAAAAUAAUGAUUAUAAUAAUAAUAAAAUGAUCCGACGAAAA